AUGAAGACGGACUUCCAGUUCUCCAACCUGCUGGGCACGGUAUACAGCAGAGGCAACCUUCUCUUCACCCCAGACGGCACUUGUCUGCUCUCGCCCGUGGGCAACCGCGUGACCGUCUUUGACCUUGUAAACUCCAAAUCACACACCCUCCCCUUUGCGCAUCGCAAGAACAUCGCCCGCCUCGCACUGAACCCGCGCGGCAACCUUUUGCUGUCCGUCGACCAAGACGGUCGCGCAGUCCUCACCAACGUCCCCCGCCGCAUUGUCCUCUACCACUUUUCCCUUCGUGGCGAAGUCACGUCGCUCGCCUUUUCGCCGUCUGGCCGACACUUUGCAGUAGGCCUGGGGCGACAGAUUGAAGUAUGGCACACGCCUUCGACGCCCGACGUCGCCGAGGGUGACUUGGAAUUUGCGCCCUUUGUGCGACACCGAAUCUAUACCGGACACUACAAUUCGGUCCAGAGCAUCGAAUGGUCGAGCGACUCGCGCUUCUUCCUAAGCGCAUCAAAGGACAUGACGGCGCGGAUAUGGAGUCUCGACCAGGAAGAGGGCCACGCGCAAACCACACUGAGCGGUCACCGGCAAGACGUGGUGGGCGCAUGGUUCUCCAAGGACCAGGAAACCAUCUACACGGUCAGCAAAGACGGCGCCCUCUUUGUGUGGAAGUACAUGCUGCGGUACGAUGCGCCGGCAGACGCCGACGAGGACGACGACGAAAAUCUCCAGUGGGGCAUUGCCGAGCGACACUUUUUCCACCAGAACAACGCCCACGUUACCUGCGCCAGCUUCCACGCCGAGUCCAAGCUGCUCGUCACCGGCUUCUCCCACGGCCUCUUCUUCAUCCACGAACUACCCGACUUUGCCCAAAUCUCCAGCCUGAGCAUAUCGCAAAACGACAUCGACUACGUGGCCAUUAACAAGACGGGCGAAUGGCUUGCUUUUGGCGCCUCAAAGCUUGGCCAGCUGCUCGUGUGGGAGUGGCAGUCGGAAUCGUACAUUCUCAAGCAGCAGGGUCACUUUGACUCGAUGAACACGAUUGCGUACUCGCCCGACGGCCAACGAAUCAUCACGGCCGCCGACGAUGGAAAGAUCAAGGUGUGGGAUGUCAACUCUGGCUUCUGCGUCGUCACAUUCACUGAGCACAUGGGCGGAGUGACGGCCUGCGAGUUUGCGAAAAAAGGCAAUGUCUUGUUCACAGCCAGCCUCGACGGCUCGGUCCGGGCGUGGGAUCUGCAUCGAUACCGCAAUUUCCGGACAUUUACAGCGCCAUCGCGACUGUCUUUUUCCUCGCUAGCCGUCGAUCCGAGCGGUGCGGUUGUCUGCGCCGGCUCCAUUGAUUCAUUCGACAUCCACAUCUGGUCUGUUCAGACGGGUCAGCUCCUGGAUCGGUUAUCCGGUCAUGAAGGCCCUGUAUCGUCACUAUCCUUUUCGCCAGAUGCAGGCACGCUGGUGAGUGGAAGCUGGGACAGGACUGUUCGCCUGUGGAACAUCUUCGCUCGCACCCAGACAAGUGAGCCCCUACAGCUCAUGGCCGACAUCCUCUGCGUAGCCUUCCGCCCAGACUCGAAGCAAAUCGCAGUCACCACUCUUGAUGGCCAGCUGACGUUCUGGAAUGUAUCCGAUGCUGUACAAGAAAGCGGCGUCGACGCGCGACGUGAUGUGUCUGGUGGUCGCAAAAUGUCCGACCGACGAACGGCAGCCAAUGUCGCGGGCACAAAGGCAUUUACCUCGGUCAAGUACAGCGCAGAUGGGACGUGUGUCUUGGCCGGUGGUAACAGCAAGUACAUUUGCUUGUACGAUGUCCAGUCGGGUGCGCUGCUCAAGAAGUUUACCGUCUCGGUCAAUCUGUCUCUGGACGGCACACAAGAGUUUUUGAACAGCAAGCUUCUCACCGAGGCCGGACCAGAAGGCCUCAUCGACGACCAGGGCGAAGCGUCGGAUCUUGAGGACCGUCGGGAUAACACCCUACCUGGCGCACAAAAGGGCACUGGUGCAAGGCGAACACGGCCAGAAGUGCGUGUGCCGGAUGUCGCAUUCUCGCCCACUGGCCGCGCAUUCUGUGCUGCUUCGACUGAAGGCCUGCUCAUCUACUCACUUGACAACACUUUUCAGUUUGAUCCCUUUGAUCUAGAUAUCAGCGUCACCCCAGCGACCACUCUCGACACGCUAGCGCAGAAAGACUACCUCAAAGCGCUGGUCAUGGCCUUCCGAUUGAAUGAGCGCAACCUCAUUCGACGGGUCUACGAAGCAACGCCCGUCGCUACCAUUCCACUUGUAGUCAAAGAUCUUCCCUCAGUUUAUCUUGGUCGACUACUACGUUUCGUCGCCCACCAAGCCGACGAGUCUCCCCAUCUGGAGUUCAACUUGGUAUGGAUAGAGUCACUGCUCAGCAAGCACGGCCGAUGGAUGAAAGAGCACAAGAGUGGAAUGGAAGCUGAGCUGAGGAGCGUUGAGAAGGCAGUCAGGAGGAUACAAGCCGAGCUCGCCAGGCUGGCAGAUGACAACAUCUAUCGGAUCGAGUACCUGCUCUCUCAGCCGAUAGAAAAGAAAGAAAAGACAGCACUACUAGACUUUGGGGUCAAAGAGGUAGAAAACGGUGUUGUAGACGAAGAGAUGGUGGAUGGCGAUAGUGAUGACGGCGAGUGGCUGGGCUUUGAAGAAUGAUACCAUUGUACGAUAC